CGAAAAAAACAACGUUGCGGCGUCAGGAAACUAUCUGACUAUCUGUAUAUCUGUCCGUGGGUACACAAAUAUUUCAAUGAGUUGCCUCAAAGUUUGAUCCAUGAAAGCCUUACAAAGCUGCGUGAAUACCAUCUCCAAGAUGAUCCUUCCCAUGAUAUUGGCUUUGCUCCACGUUCUCUUCGAUUACUGCCUGUUCGCCCACUUAAAAUCCAAAGCCGUGCUCAAGCGAUUGCGGCGGUUAUUUGAGGACAAGAAGACUCUCAGUUAUAAUGAAUUACAAUGGCCUAAGUUACCCUCACAUUUGGCAUUGGUAUCUCUGGAGGAGGACGUGUCUUAUCUGGAUAUGGCCCAUGUCUUGAAUUGGGCCAUUGACAUUGGUAUUCCAUGCUUCAGUCUGUUUGACACCCAAGGAACUAUCAAAGCCAAUCCACGAGAAAUUUACCAAGCCUUGGAAGGUCUGUUGAAGGACAAAGGUCUCAAGAUCAAGUGGCAUUUGAAUCGCGAGGGUCAAAGAAACGGUAUGAAUGGUCUGUCCCAAGGAGCCGAUGUUCAAAUCGCUCUCUUGGAUCAGACUGAUGGGCGUACCGAUAUCGUCCGCACAGCACAAAUGUUGGCCGAGAGGUGUGCCCGAGGUGAUUUGGCUGUGCAGGAUAUCAAUGAGGAUCUUUUGGAUUCGUCACUCCAAGCCAAUCAUGGAUUACCCGAUCCGGAUCUCAUGAUCCGCUUUGGGAGCUUACAGAGCAAUAUGGGCUUCCUUCCUUGGCAAACGAGGCUCACCGAGAUGCAUUCGAUUUCAAGUCAUCAUGGGAUUCAACAAUCCGAAUUGGUCCAAGUUCUACGGGCAUUUAGUAAAUGUGAACAACGCUUCGGCAAAUGAACUCGCAUUAAGGCUUAAUAAAUAUAUAAUUUCUCUGGUUAUUAUAUGAUACGUUGUUGCCGGAUGUGUUUAAGUCAGUUUGAUUGAUUUUUUCAGA